AUGAGACGCAUCAGCCGCGCUCUGCGUGUUCGUCCUCUGCGCGCGCUUUCCGAUGGAUUUUAUUUGUGGGGGAAAAUAUGAAUUGCUAUUAUAAAGCACGGAUCUCAGCGCUGCGGGGACGUAUUGCAUGAUUCGAGCUCUGCACCGCUCACGGAGUCUGCCUCUCUCCGGUGGGACACACGGCGCCUGUGCUAUGUAUGUGCGAGGAGUCGCUUUUCCUGGAGCCCUUGGAUGAGCACGUCGGCUGAGCUAGUAUGAUAGCCGUCUCUUUCAAAUGCCGAUGCCAGAUACUGCGGAGAGUGAACAAAGAUGAGGGGCCCUACACUAAACACUCCAAUCCCUCCAGGCCACCAGAUGGUGCUCUGGCCAUUAGGAGACAGAGUAUUCCAGAUGAGUUUAAGGGCACCAGCACUGUGGAGCUGAUCAAGAAGGAAGGCACCACUCUUGGCCUGACAGUCUCCGGAGGCAUCGACAAAGACGGCAAGCCCCGCGUCUCCAACCUGCGCCAGGGCGGCAUCGCUGCCAGGAGUGACCAGUUGAACGUAGGGGACUACAUAAAGUCCGUGAAUGGAAUCAACUUGACCAAGUUUCGUCAUGAUGAGAUCAUCAGUCUGCUGAAGAAUGUGGGGGAGAGGGUCGUCCUGGAGGUCGAGUACGAGCUGCCGCCGGUCUCUGUACAGGGCUCAGGGGUCAUGUUUAAAAACGUGGAGGUGACGCUGCACAAAGAAGGCAAUACAUUUGGUUUCGUCAUCAGAGGAGGUGCCCAUGAAGACAGAAACAAAUCUCGCCCGGUUACCAUAACAACCAUCAGACCCGGCGGUCCGGCCGACAGGGAAGGUACCAUCAAACCCGGUGACAGGCUACUCAGCAUCGACGGAAUUCGUCUGCAUGGAAUGUCUCACGCAGAGGCUAUGAGCAUCCUCAAACAAUGUGGCCAGGAAGCCACUCUUCUCAUAGAGUAUGAUGUGUCAGUCAUGGAUUCUGUAGCCACAGCUUCAGGCCCGCUGCUGGUGGAGGUGGCCAAGUCCAUGGGCUCCAGUUUAGGUCUGGCUCUCUCUACCUCCAUGUACUGCAAUAAGCAGGUCAUCAUCAUUGACAAGGUCAAACCAGCCAGCAUCGCCGAUAGGUGUGGUGCGCUGCAUGCAGGUGAUCACAUCCUGUCAGUGGACGGCACAAGUAUGGAGUAUUGCACACUGGCCGAGGCCACCCAGCUGCUAGCUAGCGCUUCAGAACACGUCAAAAUGGAGAUUCUGCCCCACCACCAGACAAGACUGGCUCUCAAGGGCCCUGAACAUGUCAAGGUCCAGAGGAGUAACCGGACGUUGCCCUGGGAAUCCGGAACCAACAACAACAGCAACUUCCUUCCCUAUCAACACUAUAACACCUACCACCCCGACCAGUCCCGCAGCCAGACCAAGCAGAAAACCUCUCCAAACAACCCCCCUCUGGGUUCAUCCUUCUCUCCCACCUCCAUGAGUGCCUACAGUCUGAGCUCACUCAACAUGAACACGAUACCACGCACCAUGUAUCCCACAAGUCCCCGCGGCACCAUGAUGAGACGCAAACUGAAGAAGAAAGACUACAAGAGCUCAAUGUCUCUGGCUUCCAGUACGGUAGGACUUGCCGGUCAGGUGGUCCACACAGAAACAACUGAGGUGACCCUCAUCAGCGACUCCAUCAUGGGCUUUGGGAUCCAGCUUCAGGGAGGAGUCUUUGCCACAGAAACCCUGUCCUCUCCUCCGCUCAUCGCUUACAUAGAUCCCGACAGCCCAGCAGAGCGGUGCGGCAUCCUGCAGAUUGGCGACCGCAUCCUGUCAAUAAACGGCAUCCCCACGGAGGACAGCACGCUGGAGGAGACCAAUCAGCUGCUGAGGGACUCCAGCAUCACCAGCAAAGUCACACUGGAGAUUGAGUUUGACGUAGCAGAAUCUGUUAUUCCGAGCAGUGGAACCUUCCAUGUGAAGCUACCAAAGAAGCCAGGUGUGGAACUGGGCAUCACCAUCAGCUCUCCUUCCAGUAGGAAGCCUGGAGAUGCACUCAUCAUCUCUGACAUAAAAAAAGGCAGCGUGGCGCACAGGACGGGCACCCUGGAGCUGGGGGAUAAGCUUCUGGCAAUAGACAACAUCCGUCUGGAUAGCUGCUCCAUGGAGGACGCCGUUCAAAUCCUGCAGCAGUGCGAAGACCUGGUUAAACUCAAGAUCCGCAAGGACGAGGACAACUCAGGUAUCCUACGUGAUGGCAGUGUUGAUAGGGACGCCCGUGUGCUGUUGGCCUGUGUUGCAGACGAGCAGGAGAGCUCUGGUGCCAUCAUUUACACGGUGGAGCUGAAACGCUACGGCGGGCCGCUGGGCAUCACUAUCUCGGGCACCGAGGAGCCCUUCGACCCCAUCAUCAUCUCUAGCCUCACUAAAGGUGGCCUGGCCGAGAGGACCGGUGCCAUCCACAUUGGUGAUCGCAUCCUGGCCAUUAACAGCAACAGUCUGAAGGGCAAACCUCUCAGUGAGGCCAUCCACCUGCUUCAGAUGGCAGGGGAGUCCGUCAUACUGAAGAUCAAGAAGCAGGGAGAAUUGGCAAGCCCGAAGCAGCCCUCAGUAACGGGUCGUUUGAACGAUCUGAGUGAUAUGGAAGAUGAUAGUCAGAAACCCAGUAAACUCUCGGACAACUAUUCCACUACCAUUCCCAGUGUGGACAGCGCUGUGGAAUCCUGGGAUGGCUCUGCCAUUGACGCCACCUUCAGCACCCAAGCUCCCACAGGUUUCCAGGCAUCGGGCUACAGUUUCCACAGUCAUGAGUGGAGGAAUGCCAAGCCCAGCCGGGACAGCCUCUCCCCGGGGAACAGCAGCCGGCAGAGGAACAACAUCCUGCCGGACUUUGGACUCGGUGUGGAUGAAUGGGACAGGCCAAAUGCUAGCGGGGCAUCCACGCUGCCCACCGGUUUAAUCUCAGACAGCAGGUUCACUGUGGGACAUGACGGGACUGAGCCGGACCAGGAAGAGAACUUCUGGUCCCAAGCGCUCGAAGACCUGGAGACGUGUGGCCAAUCCGGGAUCCUGCGAGAACUUGAGGACAAGGCAGACAGGCUUCUGAAUAAGAGAAACCUGGCCAUCUUGGCCACCAUUAUGUCGGGCAGCUCUUUGAGUCUAAACCAUGAUCCAGCACCCACCCGAAGCCAUCUGGGCCGUCAGGCCAGCUUUCAGGAACGUAGCAGCAACAAACCACAAUACUCACAGGCCAACCGCAGCAACACGCUGCCCACUGACGUUGGCAGAAAAGCUUUUUCUGUGAGGAGAGUGAAGCAGGAGAUCAAAGACAUCAUGUCACCCACCCCAGUUGAGCUUCAUAAGGCGAGUCUCGUGAAGGACUCAGACCUUGAGGACUUCGGGUUUAGCGUGUCUGAUGGGGUCUUGGAGAAGGGGGUUUAUGUAAACAACAUCCGUCCAGGCGGCCCUGCAGAAAUCGGAGGCCUGAAGCCAUACGACAGACUUCUACAGAUAAACCACGUUCGGACUAGAGACUUUGACUGCUGUUUAGUGGUUCCUCUUAUAGCCGAGUCUGGGAACAAACUGGAUCUAGUCAUCAGUCGAAACCCGGUUUCCUCGCAGCCUUCAGAACUGAACCAAUUGUCCAAUGAUGAGGCAGCAAACUGGACUGACCCCGCGGACCCUCUCGAACAGCCCACAGCAGGGCUGGAGCAGGGCCAGCACAACUCCACGUUAGCAGGACUAGAGGACAGAGACCCUAACAAGACUUUAUAGCAGAACUCCUUCCAGGUGCCUGCAGUGGAGCUCUCCUCAUCAUGGUGCUAAAGCGAACCCUCCCCUCCAUAAACGGCUCCCUCUAGUAGAGGAAAACAAGAGGGGUUUGUUGUCCUGUAGCACAGACCCAGUCCCUAUCCCAAGUCAGAGCAUGAACCACCAUGACCAAGAGGUGACAAGCUGGGUGUGUUUUUACCUUGUGAAAAAGGCAACGAAGACCACACUGACCUCUUGGAAAACCAAAUUGUGAGAGAAAAAAAAAAAAACCUGAAAGAGUGCCAUCCCUAAUUUUUAUUGCCAAUAAACAAGAAUAGUUUCGAGGAGGACUCAAAAAAAGCAGCAAAAGAUGCAUAAAAGCAACACUAAGACUUGUGCUAAUGAUAUCGGACUGGCCACUCUGUGAUCGUCUGUGUUUGUGUGAGUCUGAAUGAGUGUGCGCGUGUCCCGACUUUAUUUCGCAAGCCUCCACGAAGUCUGUCAAAGCUCCACGUUUGGAACGCAAUUGUCGAUCCUCCUAUUUUGUGAUACUGAAACACAAGUGUGUGUAUAGUGUUUGUUUGUGUAUUUCCUUCUAUCUGAUGCCAAGGUCAGAGUUGAUCAUGCUCGAUGAGAGAGAGGAUACAAAAAAUAAUAAUCAGCACAAUGAAUUCGGUAAUUUUUCAAUUGUGGCUGAAUGUGGGUUAUAACCUAAUGCAUGAGACCUUACAAUUAACUAUUUUGUAGUACAUCUGUCCAAAAAAAUACAAGAGCUUGGCUACACGAAAAACACCUUUAUCACCGUAAAUAUAAAAUUCAAUGUCGCUCAAAAGGAGAGGGUGGCACAAAGGCACCUUAUCUUGAAACUGGACAGAUUGUCUAUUUUUAUGAAUAGAGGCGGAUGAUUUAUAAGGGAUGUGUGUGGUUUUGAGCGAUGGCUGGUUAGCAUGAGGGCACUAUCGACCGUGUAGCGGAGCAGAUUGAUGGCACGGAGAAGGUCAUUCGGUUCGCAAACUCUGUACUUUGUUAGGUAACCGCCGUAGGUCUGCGGUCUCCAGACUCCCGCCCCACAUUUUGAGGAAAUCCAUCAUUGGCCCAAAGGAUAGAACAGCUUAUUUAUUCCAACAUCAAUCUCCUAAAUGAAAACGACAGGCGUUCAAGUAGGUACUCGCAUAUUGUUUACUCCGCCGGGUGUGAUAAAUGAGGAUAUUACGACCAACAAAUUCAUCUCAUUUGCUUAAAUCAACUUAUGACAAAAAUGCAAGCAUGGGGUUGAUGUCCAUGAGAAAAGACUUUUGUAUUCCUCCCCACAUUGUUUAAAUGGUUUAAAUCAUUAUGGUAAUUUGUAUAUGGUACUGUUAUGGUUUUAUAUAUCUUUUCCCAGUACAAAAUCGGUUUGUAAAGAGGGGAAAAAAAACAAGUGUCAAAUCACGAGACCACUAACCAUCACAUUUCUAACUCUGCUUGAGAAAAAAAUAUGUUAGUAAGAAAAAAAAAAGCCAUAGGUAAGCUGCUAAUGGCAAUGAAGACCCUCACCCACCUGUGUGAAACUGUGUUUUUGAUUGAAGUGUGUCCCCCUCAUUGUCAGUGCUCAAAGAUCCUGUUUACUCACUGUAUUCAAAUGGCACAUUGUGGUCCAAUUACUGAACAAAAACCUCAUCAAGCCCACUUGAUGGAGAACGUUUGACGAUGACGAAAAGGUGUCUUUUGUUGUUGUUUUGUUUCAGAUAAACUUUCACGUACGGGUUCAUUCCCUAAACUCAUGCAUUUGAUAUGUUUCGCAAUUCACUAGAUGUUGAAUUAAGGUUUUCAAGCCCUGAUUCAAGUUAGUCGUCACUUUCAUUACGUUCGGCUUGACCUCAGUCUAUGUUUGUUACAACAUUUCACUGUGUUACUGCGAAUACACUCCGGUCAAGUGAAACGAGUCAUUUUUAUGUUCCAUUUGUGGAAACGUUUAGUGAAGUCAAGCACUGCCAGUUAAAAUAUUGGGUGUCCAUUUUCAGUAAACGAUUGAAUUUAUGAAUCACUGUCGCAGUUAUAUCCCUGAAAUAUUGUAUUUUUAUUUCUAAUGGACCGGUAUUAUGAGCUGUAAAGUAUUUUUGUACAAAUUUAAUACUUUGUUAGCAUGAUGUUUAUCGUCUAUGUAUAAAUUUGGGGAUUCCUACAGCUGUAAUCCUUUGUAUGGCCGACGAACAGAGAAACAAUAAAACAACAUGCUGAGUGAAGAGA